ACAAACCUUCACUCUCUAUUGAGAGAAAAUGAGCAUUGUGUCUCCCAUGAAAUCGGCAUCGGAAAUCUGUCAGAGGGUGUCAAUAUAUAGCGUUAGUUACUUUUCAUCGACGGCCACUUCUAAAAUGCCGGCAAAGAAACAAAAGAAAACCGAAAAGGGAAUGUCACUUGCUGCAGCGGAUACUGGAACAUCGAAAGGAGACAGCGAAGGAGCUGUUGUCGCCAAUUCUAAUUCUACCGUCGCUAUCAAAGUAUUGGCAAAACCCGGAGCUAAAUUCAAUAGUAUUACAGGUAUCGGGGAGGAAAGAGUGGGUAUACAGAUUGCAGCUCCACCUGUUGACGGAGAAGCGAACACAGUAUUAGUGAAAUAUCUGUCCAAGGUAUUAGGUGUAAGGAAAACAGAUGUUUCGUUGGAUAAGGGUUCCAGAUCACGACAGAAGGUGGUCGUAGUCAGUGGAAUGGACAGACAGUCGGUGCUCGACAAACUCGGCUCUCAAGUUGACAACGGGUGAAGAAGCUAUGAAGGUGCGCAAACGACCACCAGGAGACGGCCAUAAUCACGGACAGACGAAUCCCGGUCCAGAGGUGGCAAGGAUUCCGCAUAAAGAUAUAAAAAAUAUCGUAAUGAAAUGAUAAAUGACACUACGUUUUCCUCAAUACCAAGAUCUUUCAGAUAAUCUGUAGUUGUUUUUCAGCGGGUGAGUUGCCUUGAGUGCUUUGAUAGUUAGAAUGCAUCACUAUCGGAAUUACUAAAGCUGCUGUUAUUUAUAGACAGCUUACAUAUCACAACAGGUGGAAUAAGUAUGUAAGACGUUUCGUUUGUUACCGCUAGUCACAUUUAAAAAAAGAAACUACGGAACAUAAUAAAGUUAGCCGUAUUUAACACCAAAGAAUUACUAAAGUCUAUGCUUGAUACUAUCCUGCCGAUGAUUUUUUCAUUUUUGUAUGAAUUCACCUUGCCUAUAAGUAAAUAUACACAGCCCUAAUGAUUCUCUUUUCAGUUUGUGUUUGUAAAAUUUGUAUCUGGUUUCUUAUAAUUUUGAACAGGUAAAUAGCAUGCUUCAGUACGUAUGUGAUAAACAUUGUCGAUUGAGGUACUUUUCAGAUCAGAUAUAAUAAUUACGUUUUAGGUGUGAAUCUGUGUAAUAUAUUAUUGCAUUUUCAAAAAUUAUUUACUCAAGUAAAGAUAUGAGAUAUGACAGUAUUAAACGAUAACCAUU